AAUUUUUUGGACAAAAUCGAAACACUUUCUACAAUAAUUUCUGUGAAGUUUGUUUCAGAGUCGACAGCAGAUCUUUGGUGAUUCUGAUGAUUAUUCAUUAUUGAAAGCAACAUUCAGAAAGUGAAAGUAAAGUUCAGAUCGUUGGAGCUUUUAUAAACAGUGAAAAUGGAUUCACUAUCUGUGAAAGAACUUUCUUGUCCCGUGUGCUGUGAAAUCUACAAGAAUCCUGUUGUUCUGUCGUAUAGUCACAGUGUGUGUAAAGAGUGUCUUCAACAGUUCUGGAAAACCAAGAGAACUCAGGAGUGUCCUGUCUGCAGGAGAAGAUCUUCAACAGAUGAACCUCCUUGUAAUCUUGCGUUGAAGAACUUAUGUGAGUUGUUUGUGAAGGAGAGAAAUGAGAAGGAGAUCUGCAGUUUACACAGUGAGAAACUCAAACUCUUCUGUCUGCACGAUAAACAGCCGGUGUGUUUAGUGUGCAGAGAUUCAGAGAAACACGUCAAUCAUAAAUUCAGACCCAUCAGUGAAGUUGUUCCAUCUUACAAGGAGGAACUCAAUUCAGCACUGAAGUCUUUACAAGAGAAACUCAAACACACAGAAAACAUUAAAGGAGAGUUUGAUAAAUCAGUUAAACACAUCAAGACUCAAGCUGAGCACACAGAGCGUCAGAUUAAAGAGGAGUUUAAGAAGCUUCAUGAGUUUCUCCGAGAUGAAGAAGAAGCUACAAUCACUGAACUGAGAGAGGAAGAGGAGCAGAAGAGUCAGAUGAUGAAGAAGAAGCUUGAGGAGAUGAACACACACAUCUCAGCUCUUUCACACACAAUCAAAGACAUGGAGGAAAUGAUGAAAGCCAAUGACGAUGUCUCAUUUCUAAAGAACUUUAAUGUGACAAUGGAAAGAGUCCAGAGCUCACAGCCGGAUCCACAGAUGACUUCUGGAGCUUUCAUUAAUGUGCCACAUUACUUGGGCAACCUGACAUUCAGAGUCUGGAAGAAGAUGCAAGACAUUGUCCACAAGACUCCUGUGAUUCUGGAUCCAAACACUGCACAUCCACUUCUGAUCCUGUCUGAUGAUCUGACCAGUGUGAGAGUCAGCGAGAACAGUCAAACAUUACCUGAUAAUCCAGAGAGAUUUAACUGUUAUCCAUGUGUUCUGGGUUCAGAGGGUUUUAACUCAGGAACACACUGCUGGGAUGUGGAGGUUAAAGACAAUAAAGUCUGGAGUCUUGGAGUAACUACAGCAUCAAACCAGAGGAAGGGAAGUGAUUUCUUUAAGAUUGAUGUCUGGAGUGUACAGUACAAUAAGACUGGAUUUUUAUUAUUGCGUUCCUCCACUGUGUUUCAUGUCACACAGAAUCUUGAGCGUGCGAGAGUUCAUCUGGAUUAUGACGGAGGAAAAGUGUCAUUCUCUGAUCCUGUAACUAACACACAUCUACACACAUACACACACACAUUUACACACACACUCUUGCCAUUCUUCUGGAGUUGUGAUGUCACAUCCCCUCUGAGGAUUUUACCAGUUAAAUUGUAACAACAGAAAAUCACAGUAAUAUCUGAUCCUGCUUACUGAAAAUCUCACAAGUAUUUAGUAAUUUAUGCAAUCUUAGAACAUUUAGAUUUCCAAAGGUUAAAUAUGUCAACAAUAACCCAACAUAGUCUACAAAACCAGGUCAGUCUCAUAAGGCGUAACCAUAGCGACUUUUUUGAAGAUCCAGAAUAUAGAGUACGAUUACAGGAUUUUACAAUCAUUUUCACACAUUUUUCCAUACCGAUCUCUUCAUUCAGUUGUCUUUUGCAACUUGUAUGUUGACAAAGCAGUUAAUCUCUUUUCCAAAAUGCUCCACAAUCACCAAAAGACUCCCUACAUGUCUUAAAAUAAGAACACUCAACUUAAGUGUCUGUUAUAUCUUCUCAGUGAAGUGGUAAAACUCUGUGAUAAAAGAAUAAAUGAAAGUCUAUUUACAGUAUGAAAUGAGCAUUAAAGAGGGUUUAAACAAUAACAACAUUGACAGAAAUCAGAUGAAAAUAUCCAAGAGUUUCUUUAUAAUAAUCUGUAUUUGAUUCACUCAUGAUAAUUAUAUUAAUAUCAGAACUUGUUCUUUCAGUUUCUGUGAUUCUGGAUCAUUAUUUAGAUUACUUCU